AUGAUGGCACUACCUGAUAAGACUCGCACUCACUGCAAAGCUGCCGAAUUUGCUAAUACCUUGCAGGAAGUGCACCAGAUGGUUCGGGCAAACUUGGAAGCGGCUGCGGGCAAGUACAAGAAGACAGUCGACAAGAAACGACGACAUGUAGAGUUCAACGUGGGCGAUUUUGUGUGGGUUUUCCUCACCAAGGACAAGGAUUGCUUCUCUGUUGGGGGCUAUAACAAGCUGUCGGCCAGGAAGAUCGGGCCAUGGAAAUAA